AAUGGAAAUAAUAUCAGUGCAUCUAAUACUUAUUGGUUAUUUAGGCUUUAGUACAGGUAGUCAUUGCGGACGCAGCAUGGCCGGUAGGUACCAUCAUCCACAUGACCGUAUAGUGUCAGGUUAUGAUACCGGCUACCACAAGUUUCCUUGGUAUGCAGCAUUGACAGAUUCAUAUGGAGUAGCCUGUGGUGGAUCUCUCAUUGGUCCAAAAACCAUCAUUACAGCUGCGCAUUGCUAUCGCGAGCAAUUGGAUAAUGCAGCAAAAGGAACAGUAAAGCUAGAAAACCUGUACAAGGUGAAGGUGGGGGUGUAUAAUAUUUGCAAAGAUGAUUCUAGAAUGGAGACUUUCAAUGUGGCCAAAGUUUUGGUUCACGAACUGUACCAGAAACACGAUCCGUAUUAUGAUAUAUGUCUACUUACCUUGGUUACUGAAACCAAACACCUCAUCCCCAUAUGUCUGCCACCAAAAGUUAUGGAUGUUAAGCCGAAAGUAGGAAUAGUGACAGGACUUGGGACCUUAAGAUUCAAAGGAGACGAGCCUUGCACUCUCAAAGAAGCCCGAAUUUUGAUCUACUCCGAUUUGGAUUGUCGAAAAAUGCUAAACAGAAGUGAAGGUACUGGGAAUGAUUUGGACAAGGCCUUUUGUGCUGGGUAUCUACAAGGAGGAAUUGAUACUUGCCAGGGUGACAGUGGAGGCCCACUUCAAAUCAUUAACCAAGAGGGGAAUUACAUGCUUCUAGGUAUUGUUUCAUAUGGUUACAAAUGUGCCCUCCCAAGCAUGUUAGGAGUUUACACAGACGUGUCUCGGUACAUAGACUGGAUCGAGAAAAAUUCUGGUCUUAAUGCGGAAAUGAUUAACACAAUAUAUAAAGACCCAAAACCACAAAAACCAAAUCGUCACCCAGUUUCUGCUGCUAUUAAAAAGCCCUUCAACACAAAUGUAUUAAGACCAUUUAAAAAACCUCAUAGACAUGCAAAUCUAGAAUGUGGACAAGUUUUGGGCAACCAAUUCAAGUUGCACAUGGAUAGAAUCGUAGCUGGCUACGACGUGGGUUAUUAUAGAUACCCAUGGUAUGCUUCCAUCAUGGAAGGAACACGAUCGGUUUGCGGAGGGGUCCUUGUGGCACCUCGAACUGUUUUAACAACUGCUAGCUGCUACAGAAACUAUUUGACUUCUUCAAGCAUGGUGCUUCGAAAACUAGAAGAUGUAUACAGUGUUUCUUUGGGGAUGUACAACAAUUGUAUUACUGAAAAUCAAAGAAGUUUAUUUAGAAUCGAAAAAGUUAACAUCCAUGAGCUCUAUUACACCAAAAAACCAUUCUAUGAUAUAGCCCUGCUGACGCUAAUUGGGUCUACUUCCAAGUAUAGGGCUAUUUGUUUACCAGCUCCAAAUGUGCCCAAACCCUUAGAAGGUACUGUAGUUGGAAUGGGUGCUCUAGACGUUAACGGAACAACACCCUGUACACUACACGAAGCAAGGCUUCUGAUAUAUCCUCAGGAGCAAUGCAGGAAAAUAAUUGAAGAAAGCGGAAAUAAUCCAAGGUCUGUUGAAAAUGUGUUUUGUGCUGGUUAUACCAGGAAAAGUUCGGAUACAUGUGAAGGUGACACUGGAAGUCCAUUACAAGCUAUGACAGAAAAUGGAAGAUAUGUUCUCUUAGGAUUGGUAUCGUUUAAUUCUCAUUGCGCAAACCCAAAUACUCCAGGAAUGUACACUGAUAUAGCGAAAUAUUUAAAAUGGAUAAACGAUAAAUCUGGAUUGGAUUUUAAGUAUUCUAUUAAGCCUGAAAUCAAUCAACAUUUAAGUAUGUAG